UAAUGCACGUAUUCCUGCAAGAUCCUGUUAAAAAUAAUUUCAAUGGUUAAAUGCUGCGUUAUCAGUUUCGUAUCAUUAUCUUCGUUAUUCCUCAUGUGAGAUAGUAAAUGUGUUUUAUGUUACAUAAUAAUCCGUUGCAUUUCUGCAUUUGUGUACUUACGGAAAUAACUGUUAAGAUUUAAAAUGGUUGUCCGGUAUAAGAGUAUUAGAAUGAAAAACGAUUGCAGAGAACAUCUUUAAUUAUAAUCGUAUAACAGUUCGUCAGUUUGUUGUGAUUUCGAUCUGACAUUUAUUGUUGAUAUCGGUUACCCGGUUAGCACCUUCAGAAUAGCUUGCAUUCCUUCGUUACAUAAAGCAGAGAACAGAAUCUCGGAAAUGGAAUCUGAAUUGCCACCUGAACCUUCAUCCAAUUGUACCGAUCACGAAUCAACUCAACCGGAUCUUAACGAGAAUUCCAGUAAUUCCAGUCAAACUUGGAAAGAUUUUACAUUCAGAAUAACCGACGAUUAUUUGGAUCACGCCAUCAUCCGUCAUCACAGUACGAAUUUAUUGAAAAAUCCAAAUACCAGUAUUCUUGGAGAUGUGUGCAUAAGCAUCGAAGGCGAAAAAUAUAUCCUCGAUCGUGUAAUCCUCGCGCUGAGAUCAAAUUACUUCAGAAUAUGCUGUAGUACUAAAAGUGAUAACCUCGAGUCUUUUAAAAAGCCAUGUGAUUAUAUAAAAGGCGGUAACGAUGGCGUUAAAACUCUAAUCAGCAUCAUAUAUGGGAAAGAUUUAAAAUCGGUGAUAAACAAAAAUAACUUCUUGAAUUUGUUUCACAACAUGUUCAUUAUUGGAUUGGAAAUCGAUCUGGAAAUCAUUAAACAGUUUUUGGAGGAAACCAUUAAGCCAGAAGUGAACAAAUUCUACCGCGAUAUAAUCGACUUGCAAUAUUUUUCAUCAACUUUCAUGGGCAACUACACCUAUUUAUCACCGACUAUCGUCCAAUUCUUGUCCGAUAAUUUGCUUCAAAUUUAUCGAAUGAUACCGGAAGAUCUAUCAGGCUCUGAAAAAGAAUUACUCAUCUUGGUGUUGCUAAAUAAAAGCCGUAAUAUACGAGAGAAACGUAUCAUUGGUGGCAUGUGCGCUGAAUGGAUUUGUCGAGAUUUCCGGAAUCGAAUUCAAGACCUAAAAGAUUUAGUCAACGCUACGAAAUACAGGUUUAACCUUCUGCCAUAUUGUGAUUUGAGUUCAGAAUCGAUGAUAAAAUCAUUGGAAAAAGCUUGCGCACCUGGUAAAUCUGAGAAACUCGAAGUCGAAAAAUAUUUCAAUAAGCUGCUUCUUUACCACGGAGAAGUUAACUAUGAUCUUCCGGCAAACCUGAAAGCUGAAUUAUGCAAUUUGGCAUCUGGCGAACGUAUCUGGAAUCCCAUCGAUGAAACUGCUACGUGGAAGUCAUUCCUGAAAGACGAAUUUUUAUGCGAUGUUGCGAUUAACGUUCAAGGGACAGUUUUCAAACUGCAUCGUAUCAAGUUGCUAUCCGCAUCUGGAUUCUUUUAUCGACUAUUUGUGCACCCUGAAUUAUCUAUAUCUAGCGAGCAAAGCAAAAAGAAAAAUGACGCGUUAUUACCACCUGAAGAAUACUCCAUCGAUGAAAUUGAUCCGGUAACGUUCAAGUGCAUUAUGCAGUACAUUUACUUCGAAGAAAUCGAAAUAACAUCCGUUGCUCUACUCAUGAAUGUAUUCAAAGGUUCGGAAUUCUUAGAAAUCAACGAUCUUUUUGAAAAAUGUAUUUCAAAAAUGUUGGAAAUCGCUCUCAACUCGUCUGUUUACUUCUUCGAAAUAUUUCAAUUCGUUUGUGAGAACGACAAGUACUCGGAGCUGUACAACGCUCUAGUCGAACAAAUCGUGAAUUCGUGGUCAAAACUUGCCGAACAUCCGCACUUCAAAGAUGUCUCUUUACAUGUUUUGCAAGAAAUAAUCGCGCUGCCAGAAUUAAAAAUCGACCAUUCCGACCAGCUGCUCGAUCUCUGUUCAGAAUGGAUUUUUCAUGACGUCAAGAAUCGAUAUCAGUUUACUAUCGAAGUAGCCAAAGCUAUAAAUCGAAAUUUUAAUGCUGAUAUUCAGCUGUCGUUGGAAACGCCUUCGAAUUCAGCUGACUGUUCUCAACAAUACGUCAAAGAACAGCUGAUCAGAGUUUUAUCUUCAGCUGCGCUUAUUCGACCAAAUGUCGACGCCGAAUGCGGUUCAAGUAAUGCCAAACAACCUUGUUUUAUUUUGAAAUGCUCGAAAAAAGUGAUCGAACCGAGAGAACAUGGUUCCCAAGUGGUCAGCAUAUACCAUUUCGACGGAUUGGUUCACGGGGAAGCCAACUAUUUGACCGUCGUAGACGUGAACUUCGACGAAAUUGUUCGAUUAGCACAAAUACGAGAUAGCGCAAGGUGGCAGUGUUCGGCAACGAUGAUCGACGCCAGAUUAUUCAUUCUUUUUAACAUCGGCGAUCAAUUCUAUUUCCAAGUGUAUCAUCCUAUUACAAACGUAAUGACGUCACUUGCCACAGAUGUGCAAAUGAAUUCACGUAAUAGGUAUGCAAUUCUCAAUUGCAACGGCGAAGUGUUUUAUUGCACUGAUGAAAUUUUACUGAGAUAUUCCGUCGAACUAAACCGCUGGAUUACUUUUUUGAAAGAUACAAGAAUUGAAAAUUCGUUUCACACUAUGUACACUAGUGAUGGAAAAAAGCUUUACAGAACGUGCGUCGAAAAACAUAAAAAAACUUGUACCUACGUGAAUAAAUCGUAUUUCUUCGACUUGGAUCAAAUGGCGUGGAUGCUAAUGCCAGAAAUUCCAAUUCCGGUGAAAGUUACUCGCGACGUCGAAGGUGUGCGGAAAUUUGCCAAUAUCCCAUUUCAAAUAAACGUUAUUAAUCAAGAUCUAAGCCUUCUGUUCGAAUCGAAGACUUUGGUAUUCCAUUUUGUGUCUCAAACGUGGAACAGUAUUGAUAAUUCGAGUAAAAAAGUCGUACAGUUUACUGGUCAAGGACAAAACAUCGUGUAUGUAUCUAGAGACAAUGAAGUUCAUUGGUUCUCUCCCAUACCCAAUAAAUGGACGUUGAUGCGCAAAUUAUCAGCAGAUUUCGAUCGAAUUGUCGCCAUUCAUGUGAUUAAUGAAUAGAAAUUUAUAAAGUAGGCUAAUAUUCGUGUUGUUUGAGUAUUUUAUUUGUUAAGAAACGUUCUUAAUUUUUAACAUUUUAAGGUAGGUACCUAUCUAGAAUUUGAUUUACGUUUUUUGUAGGUAUUCGUUUUUUUAAUUUGUUUUUUGACGUUACAAAUAUUGUUGAAUUUCAAUCAAGAAUGGAUAUGAUCAAAAUAUAAGUUUUCAGUAGAAAAUA